UCCAGUUGGUGACUUGAAGAAGCAAGAGCAACAACAACAAAGAUGCCACGAGUCAAGUUAUUGGUAUAUGAUCAGAUAGAUUGUCCAAAUUGAUAAAUGCCACUGCCAAGGGGAGUUGUUAGGAUCAUGAGAUCUUUAUUGCCUCCAUGUUUUUAGCUUUCUUCUACCUAUCCUUAUCCUCCCCUUCAAACUCUUCUUCCCCGGAACUUCAACUUGUUUCAAAAGUUCCUGGAGCAGCUAAAAAACAAAACAGAAAUCCCACCAUUUACAUCAUGCCUUUUCACUGUCCUUGUAUUGUCUUUCUCUUCAUUGUUUUGAUUUUUGUAAUCAGACCUGUUGCACAUUCCUUGCCCUUUAUAGUUCUUCAUGGCAUUGGAGAUCAAUGCAAGAAUCGAGGAGUAAAACAUUUCACUGAGGAACUGACAAGCAUUUCUGGGUCUCCAGGAUAUUGCUUAGAAAUUGGGGAUGGAGCGUGGGAUUCCUGGUUUAUGCCUCUUGAGGAGCAGACAGAAAUUGUUUGUGACAAGAUCAAGAAAAUGAAAGAAUUGAGCAAGGGCUACAACAUAGUUGGUCUCUCCCAGGGCAACUUAAUUGGUCGAGGUGUGGUAGAGUUUUGUGAUGGUGGACCUCCUGUUAAGAAUUUCAUUUCUUUAGGGGGACCACAUGCUGGCACUGCCUCUGUUCCUCUUUGUGGGUCUGGCAUUUUUUGCAUACUUGCAGAUGCCCUAAUGAAGUCUGAGAUCUAUAGCGACUAUGUCCAGGCUCACCUGGCUCCCAGUGGCUAUCUUAAAUUUCCUAAUGAUAUUCCACGCUACUUAGAGAAAUGCAGGUUUCUUCCGAAGCUUAACAAUGAAAUUCCUGAGGGAAGGAACACAACUUACAAGGAAAGGUUCUCUAGCUUGCAAAAUUUGGUGCUUAUUAUGUUCGAAAAUGACAGUAUUUUGAUACCCAAGGAGACAUCGUGGUUCGGAUAUUAUCCAGACGGGGCUUUCAAGCCAAUUGUCCCAGCAAAAGAGACAAAGCUUUACACCGAGGACUGGAUUGGUCUCAGGACCUUAGACGAGGCUGGAAGAGUUCAUUUCGUUAAUGUGUCAGGAGGUCAUCUUGGAAUUUCUAAGAGCGAUUUGAAAAAGCAUGUUGUGCCUUUCUUGGUGGAUGAAGCUUCAGUAAAAAAGUAUAGCAAUGCCAGGGUGCAUAGACUUCCAGGCACAAUCACACAAAACUACCAUAGGAAACAAGUUGCGGGCAGCUUUAAUGACGGAACACCUUCAGUAAAAGACAUUUUCAGGGAACUAGUUGGUCUUGAAGAGGAGAAUGAUUCAGAUUGAUUUAUGAAUAUGGAAUAUCGAAGCCUACGGUUAUUUGUGCUUGACCCUUGACAGGGAUCAUCAAUACGUAUAGUAAAAUUAUUGUCCUCUUUUGCUUUAGCCUUGCUAUACCAAAGACAUUCUGAUCAAAUCCCUUAAUGUCUGCCAUUCCACACAGCUCCAGGAUUUGGCCUGUAUUGUUGCGUUGAAAACAUGAAUUACGACUUUACACAGUAACUAUUGGUAUC